AGAAAUAUUUCGAUUUAUGUAGUUUGUUUUAAAAAAAAUCGUUUUGUUAAUAAUGUCAAAUCCUUGUGAAGAUUGUGAUCGUUUGCAAGAAGUUCUUCCGAAAGGAAAUGCUUCAAUACGACCACCAUUUCAGCAGCCUACAAUGUACGAUCAUUUGAGUAGUUUUUCGAAAUUCAAAGAAGAAAAAAUUCUCUCAAAACAAUUAAAAACCAAAGAAGAAGAUCUUCUCAAAUUUAAUAAAAACUUCACAAAUUUAGAACUUGAUAAGAAAAAUGACGAAAUAUUGGAGAAAUUCAGUACUCAAGAUAUUGCCAAGUUUCGAUGCAAUUUAAAAGAAGGUCGUUUUCAUCAAAAGAUGGAGAAAGAUGAACCAGAAGAUUUGUGGAAAAAGCAAGAACAUGAAGUUAAGGCAGCUGCUUCAUUGACUACAAUUUUAAGGACUCCAGUUAUUUGUCCGGUGAGUAAGUGUGGAAGAACUAUUGGAGUGACUUCGGUGCUGUCACAUUUUCUACGUGAUCAUAAUGAAGAUUUGACAGUGGAAUGUAUGAAUCUUUAUGCUGAAGGAAGAUCAUUGUUACUAUUUGAUUGGGAUAAGUUUAAUUUUGGGGAGAAUGUUUGUUUGGGAGUUCUUUCAUAUGGAGGAGUUGAAAAGUAG